GUCCUGUCAAACGCGGCCAGGUUGGCGUCCCUGCUCUCGUCCGCAGUCGUGUAAUCAUGUGAAUUUCGUCGAGUUUCUCCUCAAAAAAUGCGCUUUUGAGGCCCCAACAUGUGCGAGUUGCCGUGGUACGCAUUGGCCGAAAUCCACCUGAAGAACCGCGACAAGUCCCUCGAAGUCUACUGUCUCUGCAGCAGGGUUUUUCUAAGAAGCCGAGAUGACAAUCUUAAACGUUCCGUCUUUUCGGCCGAAUUCAGCGCUUCCGAAGAAGAACUGUUGCUAGACGAAGAGGUUUCGAGUGAAUGUAGUUCUUUGCCUCAAAUUUUGAAAAACAAAAUUAAGCAAGAUGCCGAACCCGAGACCGUCAGUUGCUACUGCAGCGCCUCCCACACCGACAACCUCUCCACCGACGAGCACGACAGCCUCCGCGACUCCCACGACGGCCGCCCCCCGCACCGCGGCCUCCAGUCCAGCGACAGCGGCGCCGACCUGACCGAGUGCGUCCGCCAGGACAUCGACGGCGACUGGCACAAGUACUGGUCGCUGAACGGCGAGAAGCUCAUCUGGGAGUCGUGGAUCGCCAAGUACAGCGCGUACAUCAACCCGGACUACCUGCAGUUCGCGCAGGACCAGGCCGACACCGAGCAGAAGGAGCGGCGCGAGCAGCUGUCGCUCGACGUGGCCGAGGGCCGGCGCGGCGACCGGGACGUGAAGAACCGCAUCCUGGUGCGCAACCUGUCGGGCAGCGACGACAAGCUCAACACGGAGGUGUCGGACGGGUGGAACCCGCUGUCGCCGGUGAGCGUCGACUGCGAGACGGAGGUCGAGCAGCUGCUGAGCUCAAGGUGCGGCAGCCACGCCAGCUCGCUGCGGACGGUCGACUCGAUGACGAACGUCACGCGGAUGACGAUCUCGUCGCUGGAUCUGAGCCAGAGCUCGCACAGCUCAGAGAGUUUCUCGUCGGUGAGCUCGGUGCAGAGCUCGCUGAGCUCGACGAGCUCGGAGGAGAACGAGGAGGAUUAUCAGCACCAGUGGCACGUGCUGUGGAAGAGGCACUACGAGGAGGAGUUCAUGCGGCAGUAUGAGCUGUUCGUGGUCACGUGGAAGGACCACAAUGUCUCGGAUGUGAGCGACCGGAUCGAGAGCAACAUUCCUGGUACAGCCAAUGCGUAUUUAAGCAGCCCCUCGCACGUUAGUAAACAAACCAAAAAAAAUAUCCACAAAGUAUUUCAAGGCAAAGUCGAGAAGAACGACGUCAAGUGUCCUAUCCAAGUCAAUAGCAACGUAGCCAAGUCUUUAGGUUUUUUGUUGAGUAGUUUAAAAGUGUCUAGCGAAGAGAAUAGCAGGAUGGAGGAAGCCAUAGAAGUGGAAAGCGAGUACGACAGCGCGGAAGAAGAGAAAACCCAGAUGGCCGCCAUGGGUUUGCCCACGUCUUUCGUACCAAAACACAAAAGGGAGAGAGUCGACGAGUCGGAAACCACAGAGAGCGGUAGCUUGCCAGGCGACUUCGAGUCAUGCCGCAAGAGAAUCAAAGCAGCCUUUAAUCUCAUGGGCAUUGAGUACCAUGACACCAACACGAGCCCGCUUUCUGGGCAAGUGCACUACAAAAUGAAACACAUUCGGCUACAAAACAGACACCUGAAGUUGCGGAACGACAACAAGAGACCGAGACAUAUACAUUUCGAUGAGGACGGUAACGUGAUUAGCGAAACUGGACCUUCUGAAGAAGGUGGUUUCCAGAGUGUUCUACCUGACAGUUCCGACGAUAAACAUAGUUCUGCAGACGAGGACAUCAGCAGCGAGGUGGUGACAACUCCACCGAAACUCGAGGAACAAGCCGAGGAAGUGAUACCCAAGCGCAAGAAACGCAAGAAGAAGAUCGCCGUUCCUCCGGAAAUCAAGGAGAACGCCUAUUUGAGAAAAUACUGGCACAGGAGGUUCAACCUCUUCAGCAAGUUCGACGAAGGAAUCAAACUGGAUGAAGAAAGUUGGUACUCCGUCACACCUGAACAAAUCGCCAAACACAUCGCCAAAAGGUGCACCUGCGACGUCAUAAUUGACAGUUUCUGCGGGGCCGGGGGCAACUCCAUCCAAUUCGCGUUUACAUGCAAACGAGUCAUAGCAAUAGACAUUGACCCUAGGAAAAUCGAGCUGGCGCGCAACAAUGCCGAGAUUUACGGGGUAGCGGACCGCAUCGAGUUCAUCGUGGGGGACUUCUUCCAGUUGGCGGGCGGUUUGAAGGCGGACGUGGUGUUCUUCAGCCCCCCGUGGGGCGGCCCGUCGUACCUGCGAGAGCCAGUUUACGAUUUAGAGUCGAUGUUGCAGCCAUUUCCAAUUUCAAAACUGUUGGAAGUUGGGAGGGCCAUCACUAGCAAUAUAGCCGUGUUCUUACCGAAGAAUAGCAACGCUUUUUUACUGAUCGACGAAUCCAAGCCCGGAGGCGGAGUCGAAAUCGAGCAGAAUUUCCUCAAGAAGAAUCUUGUUUCAAUUACUGCCUAUUACAGUGAUCUCAUUAAGAAAAUCUGAGUUACGUUAGGUUAAGUUCAAAAUUAGUGUUUGUUUUUUAACGAAGUGACGUAUGUAAUUCUGUUUUUGUAUUUUAUUUUAUUAAAAAGAUACUCUUUA